AUGAGUGUCAGUAAGUUUGAAUAUCUACCUGUCGAUAUUAUUUUUGAUAUCUUCGAUUAUUUAUCUCCUCUUGAAAUUCUUCAAUCAUUUUUAUUAUUGAAUAAACGUUUCUCAAAAAUUGUUAUGAAUGAAUAUUUGUGGCAUAUUUGCAUUGGUGAUAAUAUAAUGUCAUUAUCGAUGUUUAAUAAUCUUUGUCAAAAUGUUUUGAAAUUAAUUGGAAGACGUGUUGUUUCAUUACGUAUAACAUUAAGUCAUGUUGUUGGUGGAUGGUCACUCAUUUCAUCGUCUCUUCAAUGUCAUCAGAAAAUUUUACUUCAACGUCUUCAUUUAAUCGAUAUAAAACCACAUGAACUUGAUAAAUUAUUAUGCAAUCAUUUAAUAAAACAAAUACAUACUUUGUUAAUUGAUAUGACAUCACCAAAUCUGUUCCACGAUCUUAAAAUUGAAGGAGUUUAUCUAACUAAGGUAUGUUCACAAUUGCCUCUUCUAAGAAUUUGUCGAUUGCCAUUUAAUCAUGAAUAUAAAAUCGUUGAUCAAUUAGAAAAAUGUUCAUUGAAAUUUCAAAUGAUUUUACCGAAUCUAUCGAAUACAAUUUAUCUUCGUAAAUUGACUAUUGGUACACAUACAUCACGAUUUAUCGAGCGUUUAUUAACGUGUAUACCAUUUAUUGAAAACCUUUCUUUUGGUGUCUACGAUCCAUGGAUAAAUCAGAAUAAGAUUUUUGACAUAAACUCUAGAUUACCUGCCUCUGUUAAUAGUCAUCUUCUUUUGUAUUUAUCUCAUCUACAUAUAGAUUGUACAGAUAACAUUAGUUUUCAUCGAAUUAUUGCACUUUUAUCAUCUAUAUUUGGUCAACUUAGUCAAUUAUCAUUAAAAUUAGAAAUAUAUAUGUUCAUUUCUGAUCCAUUUAUUAUAUUAGGUGACACUUUUCAGAACUUGUGUAUCGAUAGAUUAAAACCAUGGGCAACGUAUAUUCUUAAUUUAUCAUUCUAUGUUGAGGAAGAUUUAGAAGAAAAAAUAAUUUUCAAUUCAUUUUUAAAAUCUCCAUUUAUUUAUCAAAAACAGUCAAGGGUGAUUAUACAAGAAUGUUCGGGUUAUGGUACAACUUAUCUUUAUAGUUUUUUUAUAUAUACUUUACCAUAUAAUGGUACAAUACUUCCAACGAAUUUAUUUGCUAAACAUUUAGAACAAUAUUAUCAAAUGUCAGCUAAUGCAGCAGAUUUGUUUCCAUGUGCAAAUGAAUUAUUAUUAGUUUCUUAUAAGGACAAAAAUCGUUCUCCAAAUCUUCCCUAUUUUAAAAGUCCUACAUCAUCAUUAAUUCCAUGGUCUUUAUUUACAAAAAUUUCAAUUGAAGAAGGUGAUGCUGUUCGUGCAGCUGAACUAGAAACAAUAUUACAAAUGGCUUAUAAUGUGUAUGAAUUAGAUUUAGGUAUUAUGGGUAGUAUUUUACUCGACAAAAUAUUUCAUAAUGAUGAUAAUCUUGGAACUCGUAUCAAUCAACAAAUACAAUCAUUGGAUAUUAACGAUAUAUCAUUGACAUUGGACAGUGCUCAACGUUUUUUCACAUUAUUAUCGAAUCAAUUAUUUAAUUUAAAAAAAAUUUCAUUUUGUAUUUAUGCUUCAUAUAGACAACGGCAUUGGAGACCAUCAUCUAUUAUUGAGGAUAAAAGUAAAUGUAUGAAACAUAUUGUUAAUCUUAUUUAUUUUCUUGUUCAUAAUUUACAACAACUUAUUUCACUUCAAAUGAAAUUUAGUAAUCCAACUUUCUUUAAAACAACUUGUUUUCCAAAUUUAAUCCGACAACAACUACAUCAAUAUCCACUUAGUCGACCUUAUCGAUUACAUUGUUCAUCUGAAAUGAUUCAAAUCUGGCUUUAA